UCAAAAAGGAAAAAUGUGAGCAGGAGAGAGAAAGAUGGCAAUGAUUUUCCGGUCGGCCAAACAAGAAAGAAUAAAGAAAAAAGCAGAGAAGGAAAAGAAGAAGAAUAGGGCAAAUGAAGAGGAGGCUUACAGGCGGCCUCUCUCUGAAAAAACAAAUUAUACCCUUUUCUUUUUUCCAACAAUAACUACAAAACAAGAAUCAAAAAGCUUCAAACUUUUACACCACAGCCAGAAGCUUUUGAUCCAAAACAACAGCGCCCAUUUCACUACAUAGAUCUGACUCUUCACUUUUAAUUAUUUCCCACGAUCUCUGUUAUACAUAUGUGAGAUGCUUCACUUGUAGAUCUUAAACUUUUAAGCUGGAGAAAUUUUGAUGCUUUUUGGAUUAAGUUGAGAGAAGAUAAAAGUGAGACCUUUUUCUUGGAGUUUUUGGAUCAAAUAAAGAUGGUGUUUUGGGAAGGUUAUGUGAGUGAUGAAGCAAUGGGUACUUUUGCCCCCAUUGUUGUCUAUUGGUUGUAUGCUGGGAUUUAUCAGUUGUUGCCUCCUUUGGAUAAAUACAGACUGCAUACUAGAAAAGAAGAAGAGCAGAAGAAUUUGGUGCCUUUGCCUAAAGUUAUUAAGGGUGUUUUGCUUCAACAGCUCGUUCAAGCAAUUGUUGCUCAUGCUCUCUUUUGGUUAACCUCAACCGCAGAUGCAUCAGGAAUCACAAUCCAGCCCUCUAUUCUUAUACAAAUUGUGCAGAUUAUUAUUGCUAUGUUUGUCAUGGACACAUGGCAAUAUUUCGUCCAUCGUUAUAUGCACCAGAAUAGAUUCUUAUACCGGCAUGUUCACUCUCAACAUCACAAGCUUGUUGUCCCUUAUGCAAUUGGAGCCCUUUUUAAUCACCCUCUGGAGGGUCUGUUGCUCGAUACAGUUGGUGGGGCGAUCUCUUUCUUAGUGUCGGGAAUGACUGCACGGACAGGCGUAAUAUUCUUCUGCUUUGCCGUGGUUAAAACUGUAGAUGAUCAUUGCGGACUUUGGUUACCAGGCAACAUCUUUCACAUUAUGUUCCAGAAUAACACUGCUUAUCACGACAUUCAUCAUCAACUCCAAGGUACAAAGUAUAAUUACUCUCAGCCGUUCUUCUCUAUAUGGGAUAAACUUCUCGGAACCCACAUGCCCUAUAAUCUAGUAAAGCGAGCUGAGGGUGGUUUCGAGGCAAGGCUGUUUAAGGACUAGUUCUUGUUAGAUGAGUUGUACCAUUCCGAGUUAUCAUUUGAUAGAGAAAGUUAUUUUUCUUGGUUGAGACCGCCAUUCUUCGGAAGUGAAACUAGACUUCCAGCUGGAGUCCUUUUUGGGUGUUCAUCGCUUCGUACGUAUUCAUUUCGUUGGUUAUGGUAAUUUCACCAACCUACCCAGCAAAUUGUAAUUGUGAAGUCCUGUAUGUAGCAUAUUUAUUGUAUGUUAUGUGGUAAUUUGAUCUUGUUCAACAAGGUUGAUGUAGCUUAUUGGGAAUUCUAAUUUAAAAAUGUGCAGGAAUUUGAUGAUCUGCUCUUCUCCUUUUUCACAAAUGGAUUCAUUCACAUGUAAUUUUAUUGAAUUAUGUAUUAACGUGUCUUGUUGAGCACAA